AUGACAUCAAGCGACGCCGUCGCACGGAAUGCUGGGAAACAAACAGUGGUAUGAAUAACGCUCGUCGUAAACAUCCCUUACCGAUGUGUACAAGAGCUCGCGGAGGGCAAGUAAACAAGCAGUCCGGCAAACGCAGCGACCGUCUUUCACAGCUCUUAUAACCGCGCUCAGCUGAGCGAAGAGAUGUGACACUUUGAGCGGCGGGACUCUGGAGCGAGCUGUGCCUGGACUCGGGAAAGUUGAGCGUGUGUGUGAUUUAUCCGUCAGACAGGAGCGGUCUGAGAGGGGGUUUAUUCCUCUGAUGUUGGGAUCGAGAGUAUGGCGUUCAUAAGCGAACGACAGCUGACGCGCUUGCAUCUCAAGUUCUUGAAGUGGCACGACUCCACAUCAGUCUUUCCGAGAUAAAUCACUAGAUUAUAAAUCACCGGACUGCUAGUCUUCGCUUUCCAGGGAAAUCGUUGCUGAUCGCAUCGCCAGAGGAGCCCGGGUUGGGCAACGUGUAGCCUACAUUCAAGGGUCAACAUUUUGGACUGGUCCAAUCGAUUAAUCCAGUGAAGUCAUAUGAAGUCGGGAUGAAUAUGUGGAGCUCGGGGCCAGUGCAGGGUGUGCUGAAAGCCCUAAAGCACGCCGCGGGGAAAGGACACCUCCAGCUGAGCCGCUGGCUGCAGCGCACCCCGGACCCCCUGGACUGCGACAAGAUCGACAUCUUGAUCUGUAACGUCUUUGACGAGAGAGGGAACGGCGGGAAAUCGGAGGCGGACCCCGCGUGUCACACCGAGCCCGGCGCGUCCUUCACUCCCGAGUUCAGGCAUCCGUGCUGCAUCACCACCUGUUGCUUUAAAAGCGCCCUGCUGGCGUGCGUCCUGACCGCCGUGUGCUUCUCCUCGGUGGCUCUGGUGCGCCAGUACCUGAAGGACGUGUUGCUGUGGGUGGAGAGUUUGGACAGUUUUGUGGGAGCCAUGCUGUUCAUAGUGGGCUUGAUCACGGUGUCGUUCCCCUGCGGCUGGGGCUACAUCGUGCUGAACGUGGCCGCGGGGUAUUUGUAUGGGUUUGUGUUGGGCAUGGGGCUGGUAAUGGUUGGGGUUUUGAGCGGGACUUUCAUCGCUCAUGUGGUGUGUAAGCGACUGCUGACGAACUGGGUUCUGGGUAAGAUCGGCAGCAGUGAACAGCUGAGUGCUGUUAUUCGGGUGGUGGAGGGUGGAAGUGGACUCAAAAUUGUGGCCUUAGCGAGACUCACGCCGAUUCCUUUCGGCCUCCAGAACGCGGUCUUCUCGAUCACAGACGUGUCCUUGCCAAAUUAUUUAGUGGCUUCCUCAGUGGGACUUCUCCCAACACAACUCCUUAACUCAUAUCUGGGCACCACCCUGCGCACAAUGGAAGACGUGAUCGCAGAACAGAGCGUCAGUGGAUACUUCGUGUUCAGUCUACAGAUCUUCAUCAGCAUAGGCCUGAUGUUUUACGUUGUACAUCGAGCACAAGUGGAACUGAACGCCGCCAUUGCAGCCUGCCAGUUGGAGCUGAAGACGUCGUACAUGAACGGCGAAGCGGCCAACCAGGGCGGCUCGACCUACUGCAGCAAACGGGCUGCGGCGGGAGUGGGGAUCAACGUGGUCUGAACGCCACAUUUAUCCAGUUGGACGGAUGGAGAUCUGUCUCGGCUGUGUCAGGGAGUCUUGGGAGCUGCUACAGUCCCAGCCAGCUGUUCUGGUUAUGAUGGAGGUCUGAUGUGGAGCAGCACUGGACUGUCAAAGAGCCGAAGAGCCCAAACAUUGCCCAAAGACUGGGACCCAGGGCCAGUAUUAUAUCAGAAGUUUAUGAGAUUGACUUGAGAUCUAUUUGUUUUUGCGGUGCAUUUUCUUUUUAAAGUUCUUUUUUUAUGAUACUAAUAUCAAAUUAUAUAACUUUAUAGGAGGUCUAAAGCAUGAAAUGGGUAAAUUAAUUAAAGCAAAUGUUAUAGAAUUGUAGUUAGUUACUAAAGAGG